AACGAAAGGCUAUCCCCGGGUUUAGUGGAGCUUCUAUAACCGAUGGAGAUGGCAUUCGGAUGGCAUUAAGGCUUAACACUUGAAUACGUUUCUGCAUCACCUCAUUCGAGUUUUUUCCUCAGUUGUCAAAUCAGUGGACAACUGUUUGACAGUGUAUUAGUGCACACAUCGGACUAGGCAUAUACACAGCCUAUUGGUUACUAAGCCAUCCAACUCUGCACGGCGCGGAUCUACUUCCUACGUAACACUCACACGAACGUUUGGCAACAUUCUGUCAAAAUUGUGUUUUCUGGCAAAUAAGUCAGCGAUUUCACACUUGCAAGGACCUUCUUAAGAUUCGUGGACAAGUGUGCAGUGACCCUUGAAGGAAGACGUCUGUGUCCUUCUCAAGACCCUUCUAGUGUGGCCAACCUCCGGAGACUGCAUGGACGCCCGGUAAACCACUACUACACGACUUUGGAUUUAUCUUCUCGCGAACAAGUGUUUGUUGGAGCAGACGACAAAACUGACAAGCAAACUGGAUAGCUCACAGUUUGAGGACGCCAUGCCUGCGAAAGAAGAAGACACGAGCCCUAAUAGCACCAACCACAGUGAUGCUGGGAGCACCGGCAGUGGAAGCAAUGCUAAGAAACAUACACGUAAACGAGGCCACAGUGGAGUGAACCAAUUGGGCGGCGUGUUUGUUAAUGGUAGACCAUUGCCAGACUCAACAAGGCAGAGAAUCGUCGAACUUGCCCAUAGUGGCGCCAGGCCUUGUGACAUAUCUAGAAUUUUGCAAGUAUCGAACGGUUGUGUGAGCAAAAUUUUGGGCCGUUACUACGAGACCGGCUCCAUCCGGCCACGGGCCAUUGGUGGCAGCAAACCAAGAGUGGCUACAAAUGACGUUGUUUCAAAAAUUGCGCAGUUUAAACGCGAGUGCCCGUCUAUAUUUGCUUGGGAAAUCAGAGAUCGGCUGCUGUCUGAAGCUGUGUGCAAUCAAGAUAAUAUUCCAAGUGUAUCUUCAAUCAAUCGUGUCCUACGGACACUGGCCAGUGAGAACCAGAAAGUUAUGGGCCAGAGUUCCAUGUAUGAUAAACUUGGUCUUCUGAACGGUCAGGGCUGGCCUCGGCCAAACCCUUGGUAUACACCUACAGUUUCCAUGCACGGGGGCCUCGGCGCUCCCUCCGCCUACCCCCCUCCUCAAACAACCUCCCCAAUGGCAUCUGAGAAGAAAAGUAAGUACGACAGCAGCGCAGGUUCCACGGGUAGUCCCAGUGAUGGUCAGACCGGCGAAAAUGAUGAACAGAUGCGCAUGAGAUUGAAGAGAAAGCUACAGCGAAAUAGAACUUCAUUUACUGCUGCCCAGAUUGAAUCGCUUGAGAAAGAAUUUGAAAGAACGCAUUAUCCUGAUGUGUUUGCACGGGAGCGUUUAGCACAGAAAAUCGAUCUCCCGGAAGCACGCAUACAGGUGUGGUUCUCAAAUCGUCGGGCGAAAUGGCGUCGCGAGGAGAAACUCCGUAACCAACGUCGCGAAGUCGCCAACGGCGCCACACGCCUCCCCAUCAACAGUAGUUUCACCAACAGCAUGUAUCCAUCUAUACACCAACCCAUCGCCUCGAUGACAGAUAAUUAUAGUUCUAUCCCCUCUGUGCCGAGUUAUUCCCUGUCGAACAACCUUCCGACGAACCCAGCCUGUCUCCAGUCAUCCAGCUCUUCCUCCUAUUCAUGCAUGAUACCAGAUUACACCCCCCGAAGUUACGACCCCCUUGCGUUAACCAACUAUUCCCGCCAGGCAUGUAACCCAGGAUCAUCCAUGCAGUCUCACAUGAACCACAGCGCCCACAAUGGAGCGUCCACAGGUCUCAUCUCGCCUGGGGUUUCAGUUCCUAUCCAGGUUCCGGGAGGAAAUCAUCAAGACAUGGGCGCGCAUCACAUGUCCUCAAUGACGUCACAAUACUGGCCAAGGAUCCAAUGACCAGCUUGACCUCAAAAUGUUUCAAAAUAACUUGAUGUGAUGUCACGUGAAGCAGUCACGUGCUCUUCCACUAUUGCAAGAAUCAUAUGAGUUCGUCUGUUACGUGGCUAGCAGACUGAAUACAGCAUAAUAUCGGAUUAAAAUGCUUUGACCCAAGGUCGAGGUCGUAUUCUUACGGAUGAUCAACGUGGAGCAGCUAAACCAAACUUGAUCGGAAGGCACCCAACUCGUGAGGCAUUUCCCCAUCACCUUCCGCCAUAGCAUUACCAUUCUGCAAGAAAUGGAUUCAUAGCAUAAUAAUACAGCCUCGGCUACUGCCAGUACUGCACAUGCGCACGAUGCUCAAAGACUGUCAUAUGAAAGCCAUGCUUAUGACAAUAUAUAACAUUUAUCUGCAUAAUGUAUGUUACAAUGCCGGCGACCAGUCCGGUUCGAAGGAUGACCAAGGAACGAACCAUUGAGGUGUCGGUAGUUUUAUUUAUGACUCCGUAUUGACUGUGAGUGUGUGAUGAUGUUUUACGACACACAGACAUUUCCACAUUGGCACGGCCAGUUUCGUUGUGAAAGUGCUAACGCUUAUAUCGUCAGUGGUCGCUAAAGCAAAAUAUUUCUUAUGUGUAAGAAAAAAAGGUCUCAGGGCUUUUGACAUUGAUCAAAAUGACUGUAGAAUCUCACGUUUACGAAUGAGAUUACCGUAGUGUAUCGUGUAUCCGCGUGUCCACUGCAUUACCUAUCCAUAGAGACAGUGGAAAUGUAUAGACUCAUCGAGAUGGGCAGGACAUUGCUCAGAACAGAAGUCAUGUGACAUCGUCAUUACGUCAUUGGUGACGUCAUACUUCCAACUAGUGUUGUAUUGUGUUACAGACUGAGUGUGUACGCACACGAAGAGUUUGUGUGAGAUUUGUGUGGACUUACGAGCGUGUUCUCAAAACAGUGGCCCCGUAGCAUAUAGAAUGAUCCAACCCCCCUGUUUAUACCUCACUCACCCAGCAUGGCCUACAAUGGGCAGAAAUCUCAGUGGCGCUCAGCGCAUGGUUAUGUAUUACCCAAUCUCUCACGAUGUCAAUUCCAAAUUAGUUCAAAUGUAUCCAUAUUUAUAUCACGCCGUUAUGUCAUAAUGUAAAUUUUUAUUGUUUCAAGCUUUCAUCUGUUAUAUGGUAAAGAAAGAAGUCAAAUUAUGUAAACUAUCGGUCUAACCAAAGUUUGCCAAUAUCUUGCACCUUCAAAUAAUAAUUGUUUUGUAUCUAAAGAAAUAUAAAAACUGAUUUAGUAACGAAACGAAACGAAUCCAUGUAAAAUAUUAUCGACAAUGGUUAUGUACUCAGAACUAACAAUGAAGGAAUGUAUUCACCUAUAUGUCUCUCAUGCUGUCAGUAGUCCCAGGUUAGAGAAGGUUAACUUCUAAUCACGUUCACAUUACAACUCAGACGAUUCAUAAGUCCUUAUUUGCAGAGACAAUUAUCAGUAUCAAGUGCUACAGUAUUUGAGAUCCAAAAACUGCGAUUGACAUUCUUUAUGUGCAAUACUGAGGAUGUUCUUCAAAUUAGUCAUUUACCUAUGUGACCUUUUCGAGGAAUCUUUUAAAAAUACUCAUUCAUCCUAUCAACGGUCACUUCAAAACAUAUUUUCGCUGCAUUGACAAGAACACUAAGGUAGAUUUAUUUAUUUCUCAAGCAUAUAGAUGGAUUGUGUACGAUAAAUACACAGUUACAAUCAAAAUGAUAAACUAAUGGAUAAAUAUAGCUAAUUUUAAUGUAUGAUAUGUAUGUUCAGCGGACAUUUUAUACGUGCAAUGAAGUAGACUUUUAAUUAUUGUUAUGUAACAAAUAUUUGUUUGAUAUACCACGUAGUAUUAUCGUUAGUCACGAUAGUUUACCAGGCCGGAUAGGAUAUUUCAUAUAAUCAACACAUCCUUUAAUUUCAUGAAUAUUUCUCACUUCAGCACUAAGUUAUUUUAAAUUUAAAUGAAAAGAAACUAUACAUACAUCGGCCAAAGUUUAGAAACUGGUAAUGGAGAAGAAACAAAUAUAUAACUUGUUGUCAUAUACUUAUAUAAAACAGUGUGCCCUAUUUCUUCCUCUGUAGACUAUAUUGACGUCGAUAUAACUGCGAAAAAUCACGAAAGUUAUACAGUGUGUAUCUUUGUUCUGUCAUAUUUAUGGGGCACUGUGAUUUAGAAUCACACGGAACAACACAAAUUUAUUAUAAGAUAUCGACAAAAAUCAAAGAUGUCAGGUAUCGAUCUUAGGCCGAUGUAUGCUCUAGGUCUGAUGUUUUAUCGACUAGUAUAGUCUCACUCGACCCCCUGUGUAGCAAAGAAACUCGGUGUAAUUGUCUCCCCUGUCUUUUCUAUAUUUUUAACAUUGCCUGUACGAAGCAUGUACCCUACCCAGUAAUAAUACCAUGACUUACGUGUGGCUGUUUAACAGCUGCUGCGAUCAUUUUUUUCUUGAAUAAAAUGAUUUAAUGUGUAAA